UUGCUAGGUAUUUUUCCCCUAGUAUCUCAGGGCCGUGGGUUCGGGCUUGGAGGUUCUAUUCCCGAUACACGAGCCUGCGCCAUAGCUCAAGUCUCGCUAGCGCGAGAUUUCGCUGGCGCCAAUCUUUUUCCCGCGCACGGUAUCUGCUUGCUACCGUUUUCUUUUUCAGCAAAACCGGAGGAUUUCUUCAUCGCUCCUGUUCAAGGUGCUGCACCAUCACGGACCACGGCUGUGGCCCAUCCACGUGCAGACCUUCCGGACUUCACUACUGACUGCCCUGCGGCUGCGGGCAUAGUGGAGGACUGUCUACAUUUCUUCAUACCGGUAAAACCUUUUCCCUAUUAUUAUGGCUGA